UAUAGACGCUGGGGGUGGGGGGGAGGUCAAGCGUAGCCUCUUCUCCUUUACCAAGAUGGCGGCUUGUCCCUGUUUCGCCACAGUUCCCAGCUUGUGAGCCCGAUCUCCUUACGCUGGUAAGACUGGAACAGCAAAAGCUGGCAGGCUGACAGAGGUGGCCUCAGGACGGACUUUCUGGCUACUGACCGUUUUGCUGUGCCUCACCAGGACUGUGUGUGGGCACCCCAUCAACCAUGAGCUCGGUUGCAGUUUUGACCCAAGAGAGCUUUGCUGAACACCGAAGUGGGCUGGUUCCGCAACAGAUCAAAGUUGCCACUUUAAAUUCAGAAGAAGAGAGUGACCCUCCAACCUACAAGGAUGCCUUCCCCCCACUCCCUGAGAAAGCAGCUUGCUUGGAAAGCGCCCAGGAACCUGCAGGCGCCUGGGGUAACAAGAUCCGGCCCAUCAAGGCUUCUGUCAUCACUCAGGUGUUCCAUGUACCCCUGGAGGAGAGAAAAUACAAGGACAUGAACCAGUUUGGAGAAGGUGAACAAGCAAAAAUCUGCCUUGAGAUCAUGCAGAGGACAGGAGCUCACCUGGAGCUGUCUCUUGCCAAAGACCAGGGCCUCUCCAUUAUGGUCUCUGGGAAGCUGGACGCCGUCAUGAAAGCCCGGAAGGAUAUUGUUGCUAGGCUGCAGACCCAGGCCUCAGCAACUGUUGCCAUUCCCAAAGAACAUCAUCGCUUUGUUAUUGGUAAAAAUGGAGAGAAACUACAAGACUUGGAGCUAAAAACGGCAACCAAAAUUCAAAUCCCACGCCCAGAUGAUGCAAGUAACCAGAUCAGAAUCACUGGCACCAAAGAGGGCAUCGAGAAAGCUCGCCACGAAGUCCUGCUCAUCUCUGCCGAGCAGGAUAAACGUGCUGUAGAGAGGCUAGAAGUGGAGAAGGCAUUCCAUCCCUUCAUCGCUGGGCCUUAUAAUCGACUCGUCAGUGAGAUCAUGCAAGAAACAGGGACGCGCAUCAACAUCCCCCCACCCAGCGUCAACCGGACAGAAAUUGUCUUCACUGGGGAGAAGGAGCAGCUGGCUCAGGCUGUGGCUCGGAUCAAGAAGAUUUAUGAAGAAAAGAAAAAGAAGACCACAACCAUCGCAGUGGAAGUGAAGAAAUCCCAGCACAAGUAUGUCAUUGGGCCCAAGGGCAAUUCCUUGCAGGAGAUUCUUGAAAGAACUGGAGUUUCUGUGGAGAUCCCACCAUCUGACAGUAUCUCUGAGACUGUGAUACUUCGAGGGGAGCCUGAAAAGCUAGGGCAGGCACUGACUGAGGUCUAUGCCAAGGCCAACAGUUUUACAGUCUCCUCCGUCUCUGCUCCUUCUUGGCUUCACCGUUUCAUCAUUGGCAAGAAGGGGCAGAACUUGGCCAAGAUCACUCAGCAGAUGCCAAAGGUUCACAUCGAGUUUACAGAAGGCGAGGACAAGAUCACCCUGGAAGGCCCCACGGAGGAUGUAAAUGUGGCCCAGGAACAGAUAGAAGCUAUGGUGAAAGACUUGAUUCACCGCAUGGACUAUGUGGAGAUCAGCAUUGACCACAAGUUUCACAGACACCUCAUCGGGAAGAGUGGAGCCAACAUCAACAGAAUCAAAGAUCAGUACAAGGUGUCUGUACGCAUCCCUCCCGACAGCGAGAAGAGCAACCUGAUCCGCAUCGAGGGGGACCCGCAGGGUGUGCAGCAGGCCAAGCGGGAGCUGCUGGAGCUUGCCUCCCGCAUGGAAAACGAGCGUACCAAGGAUCUAAUCAUUGAGCAGAGAUUUCAUCGCACAAUCAUUGGGCAGAAGGGUGAACGGAUUCGUGAAAUUCGGGACAAAUUCCCAGAGGUUAUCAUCAACUUCCCAGACCCAGCACAAAAAAGUGAUAUUGUCCAACUUAGAGGGCCCAAGAAUGAAGUGGAAAAGUGUACAAAAUACAUGCAGAAGAUGGUUGCUGAUUUGGUGGAAAAUAGUUAUUCGAUCUCUGUUCCGAUCUUCAAGCAGUUUCACAAGAACAUCAUUGGGAAAGGAGGCGCAAACAUUAAAAAGAUUCGUGAAGAAAGCAAUACCAAGAUCGACCUUCCAGCAGAAAAUAGCAACUCGGAGACCAUCAUCAUCACAGGCAAGCGGGCCAACUGCGAGGCUGCCCGGAGCCGCAUCCUGUCCAUCCAGAAAGACCUGGCCAACAUAGCCGAGGUGGAGGUCUCCAUCCCUGCCAAGCUGCACAACUCCCUCAUUGGCACGAAGGGUCGCCUGAUCCGCUCCAUCAUGGAGGAGUGCGGCGGGGUCCACAUUCACUUCCCUGUGGAAGGCUCGGGAAGCGACACAGUUGUCAUCAGGGGCCCUUCCUCGGAUGUGGAGAAGGCCAAGAAACAGCUUCUGCACCUGGCAGAGGAGAAGCAAACCAAGAGUUUCACUGUUGACAUCCGAGCCAAGCCGGAGUACCACAAGUUCCUCAUUGGCAAAGGGGGUGGCAAGAUCCGCAAGGUACGUGACACCACCGGAGCCCGCAUCAUAUUCCCAACGGCAGAGGACAAGGACCAGGACCUGAUCACCAUCAUCGGAAAAGAAGAUGCUGUCAAGGAGGCCCAAAAGGAGCUGGAGGCCUUGAUUCAGAACCUGGAUAAUGUGGUAGAAGACUACAUGCUGGUGGACCCCAAGCACCACCGUCAUUUUGUUAUUCGAAGAGGCCAAGUCUUGCGGGAAAUCGCCGAGGAGUACGGUGGGGUGAUGGUUAGCUUCCCACGGUCUGGCACACAGAGUGACAAAGUGACUCUCAAGGGUGCCAAGGAAUGUGUGGAGGCAGCCAGAAAGCGCAUCCAGGAGAUCAUCGAAGACCUGGAAGCCCAGGUGACCAUAGAGUGUGCCAUACCCCAGAAAUUCCAUCGCUCUGUCAUGGGCCCCAAAGGUUCCAGAAUCCAGCAGAUCACUCGGGACUAUAAUGUUCAAAUUAAAUUCCCAGACAAAGAGGAGAACCCAGUUCAUAGUGCAGAGCCAGCUGUCCAGGAGAAUGGUGACGAUGCUGGGGAGGGCAGAGAGGCUGACCCUGGCUCUCCAAGGAGGUGUGAUAUCAUCAUCAUCUCUGGCCGCAAGGAAAAGUGUGAAGCUGCCAAGGAAGCCCUUGAGGCUCUGGUUCCUGUCACCAUUGAAGUGGAAGUGCCCUUUGACCUUCACCGGUACAUCAUCGGACAGAAGGGAAGCGGGAUCCGCAAGAUGAUGGAUGAGUUUGAGGUGAAUAUUCACGUCCCGGCACCUGAGCUGCAGUCUGAUGUCAUCGCCAUCACAGGCCUCGCUGCAAAUCUGGACCGGGCCAAGGCUGGGCUCCUGGAGCGUGUGCGGGAGCUGCAGGCAGAGCAGGAGGACCGGGCUUUAAGGAGUUUUAAGCUAAGCGUCACUGUCGACCCUAAAUACCAUCCCAAAAUCAUUGGGAGAAAGGGGGCAGUGAUUACCCAAAUCCGCUUGGAGCAUGACGUGAACAUCCAAUUUCCUGAUAAGGAUGAUGGGAACCAGCCGCAGGACCAAAUCACCAUCACAGGGUAUGAAAAGAACACAGAAGCUGCCCGGGAUGCCAUACUGAAAAUUGUGGGUGAACUUGAACAGAUGGUUUCUGAGGACGUCCCAUUAGACCACCGUGUCCACGCCCGCAUCAUUGGUGCCCGUGGCAAAGCCAUUCGCAAAAUCAUGGAUGAAUUCAAGGUGGACAUUCGCUUCCCGCAGAGCGGGGCCCCGGACCCCAACUGCGUCACCGUGACGGGGCUCCCAGAGAACGUGGAGGAGGCCAUCGACCACAUCCUCAACUUGGAGGAAGAAUAUCUGGCCGACGUGGUGGACAGCGAGGUCCUGCAGGUGUACAUGAAGCCCCCAGCCCACGAGGAGUCCAAGGCACCUUCCAAGGGCUUUGUGGUUCGGGACGCUCCCUGGACUGCCAACAGCAGUGAGAAGGCUCCAGAUAUGAGCAGCUCUGAAGAAUUUCCCAGCUUUGGGGCUCAGGUGGCCCCCAAGACCCUCCCUUGGGGCCCCAAACGAUAAUGAUCAGAAAACAAACCUCUCCAGCCUGCUGACCCAAACCCCACCACGCAAUGGUUUGUUUCAAUCUGACUCAGCAGCUGGACCCUCCAUAAAUUGUUGACGCUUCCCCCUCCCCGAGGUCUCACAGUGAAGCCGGGCGCCUGGCGCUGUGUGCAGCUGGUCCUCAGGCCUGGCCAGCGCCCGGCACGUGCUCAGGAUCUGCCCUUGACACCGGCUGUGGGCCGGCUUUCCACGGUUCAAACACUAAUAGAGGCAAUUGGACAUUUCACGACAAGCUUCCCGGUCCACCGGCAUGUCAAUAAGGCCCUGGCCCCACUAAGAUUGCUGCACAGCUGGGGCUGAGCCCACUUCCUGUGUCGUGACCUCAGGAAAUAAAUUUCCUUGACUUUAGAAAAGCCAAA